GACGUUUUGUGAUGUCGGCUCUGCAGGCAAAACAUCCACCUGCUCUUAUCAGAACAUCAAACGCACAAAUCACCACCUAUUUGGAUGAGUCAGGUCACUCAUUUGCAGCCCUGGUCACUUAUUGACGUCAUUUUUAGGGCGGGGCGGGGUGUGGCCGCGCAUGCGCGGACCGAGUCUCCGGUGGGGGAAAGAUCUCAACCGCCAUUUGGUUUCGAGGAGAGAGACGGAGGAAAAGAAGGCAGCUCAGUGCUUCGCUCUUGGCUGAUUGUCGGGGCUGAAAUAAAACGUCCGGUGCGCUUCACUGGGAAGAGAGGGGGGAAAGCAAAACGAAACGAGGGGCCAUGGAUAAGAACGAGCUGGUGCAGAAAGCCAAGCUGUCGGAGCAAGCGGAGCGUUAUGAGGACAUGGCGGCUGCCAUGAAGGCGGUCACGGAGUGGGGUGAGGAGCUGUCAAACGAGGAGCGCAACCUGCUCUCGGUCGCCUACAAGAACGUGGUGGGGGCCCGCCGCUCGGCGUGGAGGGUCAUCUCCAGCAUCGAGCAAAAAACCGGCGAGGGUGGCGGCAGCGAGAAGAAGUUGCACAUGGUGAAGGAGUAUCGAGAGAAGGUGGAGGCUGAGCUCAGGGAGAUCUGCAAUGAUGUGCUGGGUUUACUGGAUAAAUAUCUAAUACCAAAUUCCACCAAUUCAGAGAGCAAAGUCUUCUAUCUUAAGAUGAAGGGAGAUUAUUACCGAUAUCUUGCAGAAGUAGCAAUAGCAGAAAGCAAAAAGCAAACCGUUGAGAACUCCCAGGCAUCAUACCAAGCAGCAUUUGAAAUUAGUAAGACAGACAUGCAGCCAACACAACCCAUCCGAUUAGGACUUGCCCUGAAUUUCUCAGUAUUCUAUUAUGAAAUUCUCAACUCUCCAGAGCAAGCCUGUGCACUGGCCAAGACGGCAUUUGAUGAAGCCAUUGCAGAGCUGGAUUCACUGAAUGAAGACUCCUACAAAGACAGUACACUCAUAAUGCAAUUACUCAGGGAUAACCUGACGUUAUGGACAUCAGAUAAUGCAGCAGAUGAUGCUGAUGGCGGAGAAGGGGGAGAGAACUAACUGCACAGAGGGACCUGAUAUCCUCUUUUACAUGUCUUCAUUUCUUAGUGUUCCACUGACAAUUCCAAAAAAGGAAUUUCUCAAUUCACCAAUAUUGAAUAGAUGCACAUGUGAAUGCCACAAUUUAGCCUAUGAAAAUCUUCAGCUUGGAACAAAUGCCAUUCCUUAGCUUUCUUUUGCUAAUUGUUCUGACUUUGUAGUGUGCAUUUGAGCACUUGCUACACAAACAGCAGAGAUUAAAUUUGCUGCGCAGUUGUGAAUAAGUUGACAUAGGUCCUUUUUGGUUUGCAAAGGAUUGCCAUGAUUGCCAAGAGCAGCUAUGUUUAACGAGUGGAGGGUAGAAAAAAAUAUUAAAAAUCCAAUACACAAGUGUUUGAGAAUCGCUUUUUAUUUGUGGCCACUAGCCGUUGCUUAUUUCGGAUUUGAUUUGUGGAUACUUUGACAUACAUCGAAUGGUGUAUGCCGGAUGUAGGCACAUUCUUACCCAAAGAAAUUGUAUUUUCAGUUUUGAGUGUCAUGGUUCUGAAGGUGGAUCAAUAUUUAUUAAAAGAACAUUUUUGGAGCUGUUUGGUAAUCUAGCAUUUUAAGUUUUGGGUUCUGAACUGGCUGAUCCAGGUUCAAGUCCCAGAGCUUCUGUUGCUCUGAACUCAUCGAGUUUUCUGUAUUAUUCAGAUGCCUUGUUGGAAUCCCAUUAUAGUAAAAUUUUGUACUGCUCUUCAUUCCUUCUGAAAGGAAAUUGCAUGGCAGCUACUAGUCUUGUUUUUUGUUGGGUGGGAUUGGUUUGGGGGAGGAGUUGUGGUAGUGAAGAAUUGGAAUAAGGGGAAAUGUUUGUUUAAAAAGCUGUAUGUCGAAAGCAAAUAUCAAAUGAAUUUGAAUUCUAACUCCACCCCUCCUUCCUGGUAGUAGUGGGGGCUUGUAAUCCUAAAUGUAUAGGUUAAUUAAUUUCUAUUCCAAUGCUUAAACCAGCCAAAACCAUUUACUUUUCGCAUUCAGUUCUAUUAAGUCUGUUGCCUGUCUUUUAGAUUUGUCCACUAGUGAACUUGACCAUUUUAGGACUGAGGGGAUAGACUAGAUAGGAAUAAUGUAAGAAAGAAAUCCAAUAUCAGCUAGGUGAAUGAAAGGAACAAUUACUGUUGGUACAGAAUACCUGACUGUCAAAUUCUGCGGUGUUUUGGUAAAAUUGCAAAAUGUUGACUAAACCAUUUCCUGUAGCUUACAGUAGUUUGGUAUAUUUCUUAUUGGCUCAUGCAGUGUUAGAUACUCUGUGCCCUUUAUUUUGGAGAGUAAUUUGUUUUAUUAUUGAUUCAAUUCAAGAUCUUGAAUGUGCUGUUAUUUUCUACUAUUAAAUAUUUGGGAGGUGAAAACUGACAAAACAAAUUGAGACAUAACUUGAAGGGACCUAUGCUAUGUCAGGUUUGACAGUAGUUUUGUCAUUGUGGAAAUAUUGGCAGUAUUUAAUCCAGCACUGUGCUGUAUUUUAAUAUACAAUUAUAUGUAUGUAAAAUUUUAAUGAAGGAUUUACCCUAUUUUGUUUUUAAAGUUUGAAGCUGGUAACUGAAAGUAAUAUGCGAUGCAAAUAAAACAUUCUUCACAAAUGGA